CUGCCAAUUUUCCAACACACAGAACCAACCUACCCUGGCGCUGGAAAGGCAAGAAGAUAAGCGCCGGGGAUAGCCCAGGUCGGUAGAGCAGCGGAGAUCUGAGCCUAGGCGAUCAGGAGCAGGUGCAGGCUUUCUACUAGGCCAGCUGCGAAGCUGUCUGCCUCCUACACUUUGUCCUGGCCCUCACCCUGUGACAGGCGCUCCACAAGAUGAAUCUCAACUUCACCUCCCCUCUCCAUCCAGCAUCUUCUCAGAGGCCCACGUCGUUUUUCAUAGAGGACAUUCUGCUACACAAGCCUAAGCCGCUGAGAGAGGUGGCCCCUGACCACUUUGCCAGCUCUCUGGCCUCUAGGGUGCCUUUGCUAGACUAUGGCUACCCCCUUAUGCCCACACCCACCCUCCUCACCCCUCAUGCCCAUCACCCUCUGCAUAAGGGGGACCACCAUCAUCCUUAUUUUCUGACCACCUCUGGGGUGCCUGUCCCAGCGUUAUUCCCACACCCGCAGCACGCAGAGCUGCCAGGGAAGCACUGCCGCCGCCGCAAAGCUCGCACCGUGUUUUCUGACUCACAGCUCUCCGGCCUGGAGAAAAGGUUCGAAAUCCAGCGCUACCUGUCGACACCAGAGCGCGUGGAGCUGGCCACAGCCCUCAGCCUCUCCGAGACUCAGGUGAAAACGUGGUUCCAGAACCGGCGGAUGAAGCAUAAAAAGCAGCUGAGGAAAACUCAAGACGAACCCAAAGCUGCAGACGGGCCUGAGAGCCCGGAAGGCAGCCCGCAUGCCCCAGAGGCCGCCGUCGCUGAUGCUCGGCUGAGCCUGCCCUCCGGCGCCUUCGUGCUUACCGAGCCAGAGGAUGAGGUGGACAUUGGGGACGAAGGCGAGCUCAGCUCAGGGCCACACGUGCUCUGAGUGGCUGGGCUGAGGAAGGAGACCA